ACCUUAUUCACAUUAGACUCUCUCUUUCUGUUCUUUUCAAUGUUCUAUCUUGUUAUUCUUCAUUUUCUUGUUCCUCUUCUUGCAUGCUAGAAUCUUCUUUAACCCUAACCCUAACAAAAUCGUUACAACUCGUGCGCUAUGGAACCUAGCAGAUCUCCACCACCACAAGGCCUAACCCGAGAAGAAUACUCGGAGCUAAAGCCAUUAGUAGACACAUAUCACAAAUUCGAACCAACACCUAACACAUGCACUUCUUUAAUAACUCAACGCAUUGAUGCGCCAUCUCAAGUUGUUUGGCCAUUUGUUCGAAGCUUUGAAAACCCACAAAAAUACAAGCACUUUAUCAAGAGUUGCAAUAUGAGAGGCGAUGGUGGUAUUGGCAGCAUAAGAGAAGUUACAGUUGUUUCAGGGAUACCAGCUUCCACAAGUACUGAAAGGUUAGAAAUUUUAGAUGAUGAAAAACAUAUAUUAAGCUUUAGGGUGGUUGGUGGUGAGCACAGGCUAAAUAAUUAUCGUUCUGUUACUUCUGUUAAUGAGUUUAUUAACAAUGAAGGGAAGGUUUAUACAAUUGUAUUAGAGUCUUAUAUAGUUGAUAUACCAGAAGGAAAUACUGGCGAGGACACAAAAAUGUUUGUUGAUACUGUUGUCAAGUUGAAUCUUCAAAAGCUGGCUGUUGUAGCCACGGCUUCUCUGCAUGGACAUGAAUAAUAAUUGUAUUGGUGGUGGAGGCGGCAGCGGCGGUGGUGAUCUUGAUGUUGGUGGCAGUAGCAGCAGAGUGGUGGUGUUGGCGGUGAUGAUGUCAAGACUCUUGUUGAAUAUCUCAGUGGUCAGUAUAAGCUUUUGCAAGUUGGGUUUUCUUUUUUCUUUUUUCUUUUUAAUUAAUUAUCUAUCUUAUUCUUCUUGCUCUUCUAUUAUUAUUAUUGGUUAGGCAGUUAGUAUUGGGAUGUAUAAUUAUUUUUUUGUUUCUAUAAUUUGGUAAAUUUCAGUUAUAUGUCAAUGGAUUAUUGUUUGAACUGUCAUAAUUUUCUCCACAUCAAUAAGCAUACUCAAUUACUAUAUUAUGCUA